AUGUCGACUGUUCUCAUUCUCGGUGCUGGGCCAAACAUCGGCCUUGCGACAGCCAAGGUCUUUGCGACGGCUGGCUAUAGGGUAGCCGUCGCAUCGCGGAGCAAGCCAGCAGACUUGGACUCUUCCUACAAGCACUUCAAAUUCGAUGCCUCCAAGCCAGAAAGUGUUCCCAGUCUGUUCGGUGAAGUACGGGCUACGCUUGGUGAUCCCUCAGUGGUAAUUUAUAACACCGCUCAAGCCACCUCCACUCCUGAUGGUGCAUUCACACUCGGCCUAGAACAAUUCCGCAAUGAUAUGGACGUCAACACCACAAGCCCGUACAUCACGGCGCAGGAAGCGAUCAAGGGGUUCGCCAAGACCGGCCCUGGCAGUACAUUCAUCUACACCGGUAACAAGCUCAAUGUUCUGGGCUGGCCGUCAUUGCUCUCAUGCGGUAUGGGCAAGUCGGCUGUGGCGCAUAUGAUUCGGACUGCCAACAUAGCAUUUCCAGACAAGGGCUAUAAGUUUUACUACGUCGAUCAGCGCCAGAAGGAUGGGAACGUAACGAUCCCCGUCGGCGGCCCUGCACAUGCAAACGAGUUCUUAGAGCUGGCAAAGGACGCGAAGCAGAGGCCUUGGCACUACACGUUUGUUGAGGGACAGGGCUACGUGGACUUUCACGAGCGAUAG